AUGUCGAAACGUAAUCUCACAGAUCAGCACCUCGUUUCCAGCAGUUCCGGGUCAAACUCCAGCGAUAAUGUGGCCCAAACCGGGGCCGCUGGCGCGGCCCCCUCGGCCAGCCAUCCAGCUCACAACCCGUUCGCAGACGACGCCGAAGACGACACCUACGGGUCGUAUAGUGGCAGCGAAUCGUCGCUGAUCCAUCACAACAACCAGGGCCAAAACCAAGGUCAAAACCAAAGCCAAAGCCAAAGCCAAACCCUGGCUGGCAGCGGUAACGGGCUGAAAUCCACGUCCGAUUAUCGAGGCUACUAUUCCCGCGGUGCGACAGGAUCGCGUCAAAACGGUGCCAGGCCAAAUGUGCCGUCCAGUCGUCUCAAUGCAGCUCCCGCUGCAUUGCCCUCCAGCACCAGUCUAAGCUCUCAUUUGGGCAUCUCCAACAACGACAUCACAGCCCCGCCCGGUUUCGACAGAUACCCGAUAGUAGGCGGGUCCCGUGUCUCGUCAAUGGCUCCCGUCACCGAAGGUGCUGCACAUCACCAUCCGCACCAUCCACCGGGUCCCAGUAACACGAACUCGUCGGCCUCAAUCACAUCCUCGGACCCGUUCAUAAGCGACCAGGACUUUUCGCCCUUUGGAGGCUACCCAGCAUCGUCUUUCCCACUUCAUCUCGAAGAGAAGGAAGAUGACGAUUAUCUACACAACCCGGACCCUGAAGAAGAGGCCAGACUCGACAAAAAUCGUUUCGCCUUUGAUUUCAAACACAUGGACAAACGAUCAGCCGGAGGCUAUAUCAGUUUUUUGCUGUUGUUCCUCGGUGUCGUGGCUAUAUUCAUCAUUUUGCCUGUUUUGACAUUCACAGGUGCCGUGAGUCACGGUUCUCCACAAACCAUCAGUUUUCUUUCGCUUUACGAAUAUCCACAACUUUCUGCAAUUCGCCAGUCUCUAGUGGACCCCGAUACACCGGACAGCGCUAAAAAUUUCACUGCCAAAGACGGUUCUUCGUGGCCCCUGGUCUUUUCAGAUGAGUUUAACGCUGAAGGUCGAACUUUUUACGAGGGAGAUGACCAGUUCUGGACUGCUGUAGAUAUCCACUACGACGCUACUCAUGACUUGGAAUGGUACUCUCCAGAUGCGGCACAAACGGCAAACGGUACACUAAAGCUUACUUUGGAUGCCUACAAAAACCACGGCCUAUACUACAGGUCUGGUAUGGUUCAAAGUUGGAAUAAAAUGUGUUUUACGCAAGGUUACAUUGAAGCAUCCGCCAAUUUGCCCAAUUACGGUCGUGUUAUGGGGUUAUGGCCCGGUAUGUGGACUAUGGGAAAUCUAGCAAGACCAGGUUAUCUUGCAUCUACUGAAGGGUUAUGGCCGUAUUCUUAUUCGUCUUGUGAUGCGGGCAUAACACCUAACCAAAGUUCUCCCGACGGUAUUUCCAUGUUACCGGGCCAGAGACUAUCUGUGUGCACAUGCGAUAAUGAAGACCAUCCCAACCAAGGUACCGGAAGAGGUGCUCCUGAAAUCGAUAUCAUUGAAGCCGAGACAGAUACCACGAUUGGCGUUGGUUUGGCCUCUCAGUCUCUUCAAAUUGCUCCAUUCGAUAUUUGGUAUAUCCCAGAUUAUGAGUUCAUCGAAAUUUACAACACGUCCACUACUGUUAUGAACACCUACUGUGGUGGUCCGUUCCAACAAGCCGUUUCUGCAGUUUCUACUUUGAAUUCAUCAUGGUACGAAUUUGGUCCUGAUGCUGGAUACUACCAGUCUUAUGGCUACGAACUGAUAAAUGACGUUGACAAUGGAUAUCUAAGAUGGUUCGUUGGUGACAAACCAAUGUACACCAUAUAUUCAAAGGCACUGCACCCCAACGGAAACAUUGAUUGGAGGUUAUUGAGUAAAGAGCCCAUGUCUGUCAUUUUGAACUUGGGUCUCUCAACCAACUGGGCGUACAUCGAUUUCAACUCUAUUUUCUUCCCAGUCACGAUGAGCAUCGAUUAUGUGCGUGUGUAUCAACCAAGCGACGCGGUUAACAUAAAUUGCGACCCGGCUGGCUAUCCAACUUAUGAUUACAUCCAGAAGCACUUAAACGCUUACACCAAUUCAAAUUUGACCAGCUGGGAGGAUGCAGGAUACACCUUCCCGAAAAAUAUUCUCACAGGAAAUUGUAAAAGUUCGAAGUACUCGCUUUCUCAGAACUCUUAG